CCUUCCGGCCGCGCGCGGCCCCUCAGCGCCGCCCGCCAUGUUCGCGGAGCUCAACGAGCUGCUCGGGGCCUCCCCGGAGCGCCCGGACGCGGGUAAGUUCACACUGCUGCGGGACACCCGGACAGAUGGCAGCUUCCUGGUGCACCACUUCCUCUCCUUCUACCUCCGAGCUGGCUGCAAGGUUUGUUUUGUGGCCCUGCUCCAGUCCUUCAGCCACUACAGCAUCGUGGCACAGAAGCUGGGAGUCAAUCUGGCAGCUGCCAAGGAGCAGGGACAGCUUGUCUUCCUGGAGGGCCUCAAGUCCUGCCUUGACCUCCUGUUUGGGGAGGAGCAGCAGCCUGGACAGCCCAGUCCUCUGCAGUUUGUGAGCGGGAGCAGCUGCGACCUGCGAGCCCUGUUUGACUUCGUGCGCCUGUCCCUGGCUCCCUGUGGCUCUGCUUCCUGGAAAGGGCCCGUGCUGCUGGUGGAUGACCUCAGUGUCCUGCUGAGCCUGGGGGCCACGCCCGUGGCCGUGCUGGACUUCAUCCACUACUGCCGAGUGUCCGUGUGCUGCCAGCUGCAGGGGAACGUCGUGGUGCUGGUUCACAGCAGCGAGGAUUCGGAAGAUGAGGAGAAUGAGCUGGUUGUGAACUCCCUGUGUCAUCACAGCGACCUCAUCCUGUGGGCACAGGGGCUGGCCACCGGCUUCUGCAAGGAUGUUCACGGGCAGAUUAAGAUAAUCAAGAGAUUGUCCUUGCGGCAGGCGGAGCAGGACCUGGUCCAGAUCUACCAGUACAAGAUCCAGGACAGGAACGUCACCUUUUUUGCCCCGGGGCUGUCGGCUGCAGUGCUGUGACACUGUGACACUGCCUGGGAAUGUCAGUCCUGGGACACUGCCUGGGAAUGUCAGACCCUGCCUCUGCAGAAGCACCAGCAGCACCUCUCAGGAGCAGGAGCAGGAGCAGCACAGCAAACUGACCCGGCAGGGAAGCUCAGACACUCCUGCAAGUGGUGCCAACGUGGGAUCAGCCUGCCUGGGGCCUGCUGCCUCCCUUUGUCCUCCCACCCCGUUCCCAACACACUCAGGCCAAGAAGAGGAGCGAGAACUUGCAGGAAUGGCCUUAGAGCAUGUAAAUGCAGGCAGGGGUGCCCCGCGGGCUGGGCGUGCCUUGCCGCGCCUUUUCCGGUGUGUUGGGCACAGCGAUGGCUGGCACUGCGGAGGGGCUCCCCUCCCUGCGCUGGCACGGAGCAGAUGACACAGCGGGUGGAGCAGGGAUGGUGUGGUGCAAUCCUCUCCUUGCCCGCAGCUCUGGCUGCCAGGGCUGUGCCCAGCUCCCAGCUCUCCGUGCAGCUGGGAAAUGCACAGCUCUCCGUGCAGCUGGG